UCGAUUGGGGUCGACAGCCCGGUUAUAUCCGCUGCAAGGUGUUUACGGUUGUUUCUCUGGAAAAAAAAGAGAUUAAUCACGAUGGAGGAGAUACUGUUAAAGCUUUUGGUAGCCGACAACAACGUAAUACAGCAGGGUACUGCAGAACUGCGGGAAGCCUUUAAGAGGCCGGAAAGUACGCCGGCGCUUUGCCAGCUCAUAGUGUCCUCAUCUAAUCCAGAGAUCAGACAGUAUGCAGGCUUGCUGCUCCGAAAACGAUACAGUAAAAGCAAGCACUGGUUGAAAUUACCAGUUAAUAUCCGCACAGAAUUCAAGGCAGUCAUUUUACAGGGACUCGUCAAUGAAUCAGAGAAGUCCGUGAAGAAUUCAAUAGCCCAACUGAUAGGUACGAUAGUGAAGCAUGAACUUCCUAACAACAGCUGGCCAGAGGUGCUGCAAUUCGUCCAGCAAUUGGUCACCAGUGAGAAUCUGGCUGAGAAGGAGCUGGGAAUGUACACUUUGGCCAUGAUGACGGAAAUUGCUCCAGAUAUAUAUUUACCGCACAUCCAGUCGAUCACCAUUCUUCUUGCCCAGACAUUGAAUGGUCUUCAGGAACUGGGCAGUCCUACGGCGUUCUACAUUAUGCGGACUUUACUGCACCUCGUGCCUGUGAUUGAGACGAAUCCGAAUGUAGUUAACACCUAUGAGCAGAUGAUACCUCAAGUGAUAGCGACUAUCCAUCGUUUGGCGGUGACUAAUCAAGACCAAGCCAUCGAGGCUUUCGAGCUGCUGGAUGAUCUCUGUGAUAGUGCGCCUUCCGUGAUUACUCCCCACGUGAAGACUCUCCUCAACAUGUGCCUGAACAUGAUUCCGGAUGAAUCUCUGAGCGAGUCGUUGCGAGUAAAGGCCGUCGUCUUCAUCGGCUGGCUCGCCAAGACGAAGAAGAAGGCGAUCAUCAAGCACAAGAUGGAGAGGCCGAUCAUCGAUGUGCUCUUCACGCUGAUGUCUUUGCCUUCGGAGGAUGAAUCCGACGGAGUCUACUUCAGGGACGACGACGAUGACGACAACACGCCCAUGGCGUGCGCCACCCAGACUCUGGAUCUUCUAGCACUUCAUUUGCCGCCUGAGAAGUUGAUUCCACCAUUGCUGGAACCGAUAAACGCCGGAAUCCAGGGAACUAAUCCUUACGCGAAGAAGGCUUCGUAUUUGGCGAUAGCCGUUCUCGCCGAAGGGUGUUCCGAGUACAUCCGAGGCUCCUACCUAGAAACCUUCCUCAGGUGUAUCUGCCGAGGUAUCACGGACUCAGCUCCAGUAGUUAGGAACGCUGCUCUCUUCGCCCUGGGUCAGUUUUCGGAAUAUCUUCAGCCGGAAAUCAGUCGUUAUGCCUUCGAGUUGUUGCCGGUGCUCUUCGAGUACCUCGGUCAGAUCUGCACAUUAAUAAAGCAGGGCACGGAUGGGCAACCUUCGGUUGGCCGGAUCUUCUACGCCCUGGAGGUCUUCUGCACAAACCUCAACGAGGGCCUUCUGCCUUAUCUGCCGACCCUGAUGGAGAGGCUCUUCGAGGUCUUGACCCUGGAGAAAGCUUCGGUUCACGUGAAGGAGAUGGCCUUGAGCGCUAUCGGGGCCGCUGCAAAUGCCAGCAAGGAGAACAUGCUCCCCUAUUUCGAGAAGAUCAUCGCCCUCCUCGACAGAUACCUUAUGGAAAAGCAGGACCAGUCGACCAUGUGUCUGCAGAUUCAAGCGGUUGAUACGUUGGGCGUCCUGGCUAGGACCAUCGGCGAGGAGCACUUUGCACCUCUGGUGGAGAGGUCCCUCAAUUACGGGUUGCAGCUCAUGAAGGAGACCGAGGACCCUGAGCUGAAGAAGUCCAUCUACGGACUCUUCGCCUCCAUCAGCAGUAUCAUGAAGAAGAACAUGGCUCCGGCUCUCGCGCAAAUCGUUGACCACAUGAUUAAUAGUAUACGCAGCACGGAGGGUAUAGUGCCUCACUUCAAGGACGACGAGACCUCGGCUUUCCCUGUCUACGAGGAUCUCAGUGAAAACGAAAACGAGGACGAGGAGGAUAUCGAGCACACCGACAGUGAAGAAGACAGCGACGACGAAGACGUUGCUGGUUACAGCGUGGAGAACGCUUACACCGGGGAAAAGGAAGAAGCCAUCCUUGCUUUGAAGGAAAUUGCAGAGUAUACGGAGGAUGCCUUUCUACCGUAUCUGGAGAAAUCCUUUGAAGAGGUUUUCCUGAUGAUGAACUAUCCUCAGGAGGACAUCCGCAAGGCGGCCAUUGACGCUCUUCAGCAGUUUUGUAUCACAUUUUCGAAGAUUGGCACAAACGAGGGAAGGGAGGCGACGUUGAAGGCCCUCUCCGUUUUUGUUCCGAAAUUGUCGGAAUUGAUCAGGUUGGAUGACGAGAGGUCGGUCGCCAUUUCGGCUCUCGAUGCCUUUUCGGAGUUGCUCAAGGAGAUCAAAUCCUUGGUCCUUGUCAGCGAGGGUCACAAGGACGCCAUCGUGAACUGCGUCAUAGAAGUGAUGACUGGUAAAACCGAAUGCCAGGAUCAAGACGAAGCCGAAGAGGAGAAUGCCGAGGCCGAGCAGGACGAGCUUUUGAUCGAGUGCGCCGGCGACGUCUUCACGAACUUUGGGAAGAUCAUUCCCCCUGAAGAUUUCGCGUGUUACUUCCAGACUGUCCUCCCGUUGCUUCUUGAGAAAUUGAAGAAGAACAAGUCGGUGGCGCAGAGGUCCUUUGGGGUCGGCACAAUUUCGGAGUGCCUUUCUGGUUUGAAGCACCUUACGGCUCGCUUCGUACCGCAACUGCUGCCAACAUUCCUCAAGCUUGCCAACGACCCCAGCUCCGAAGUUCGAAAUAACGCCUUCUACGGAAUCGGCGAGCUCGCCCUCAACGGCAAGGAGGCAGUAUAUCCGCAUUAUUCGGAGAUUCUUCAAGCUCUCUCAAGCGCCAUCGCUAAAGAGACUUACGGAGGGGCUCGCGACAACGUGGUGGGUGCCAUUGCUCGUCUCGUUACAACGAAUUACAACAUAAUACCGCUGGACCAAGUGUUCCCGGUGUUCAUUGAACAGCUUCCUCUGAAGGAUGACCUCAAUGAGAACAAGGCCGUCUUUGAGAGCAUCCUUGUUCUCUACAGAGACGGCCAUGCCAUAUUGCGGCCGCAUAUGCAGAAACUCCUGCAGGUGGCCAUUGGCGUGUUGCACGAGAAAAACGGAACCGACGAUGAGACGAAGAGGCUCGUCGUCGAGUUUUUGAAAUCGGCCCAGCGAGAUUUCCCCAACGAGUGGAACGCCACGUUCUCCGAGGUGCCGCCCGAAGUCGUGGCAGAAGUGCAGAAGGCGUUCUCGUAGACCGUUCUCGACUUCAAGACUACCCUUGAAGCUACAUUUUUACCUCCAGGCACGGUCCGGAACUCCCUCGCCUUUGAGACUGCGCCGAGACUCGCGUUUCCUCCGGUACCCUCUCUCGUCAACGAGCACCCUCCCGAAGUCCGUGAAUACAGACCCCUUUUGCAAAUUUUACACUUCGUUUCCCGGCUCGGCAUUCCCGUCCUGAGACCGACGUUCCCGUUCACUAUUAGUUCGAGUCUUGAUGCACUAAUGCGAGUUUCGUAGCGGUCUUCGGACCCUGGUAGAUUUUCCAAUUGACGCCGCGCAACUCUCUCCCUCGCUCGGUUUCCGUGGAGGAUCUGGAAGGGAACCGUCGUUAAAAAUUAUCCCAAGGGGGGAGAUACACGCGACACGUUUUCCUAUUUAUUACGAAGCUACUCUAAUGUCCGGUGCUCGGUUAAGCCAGCCCGCGAUACCAGCGACUGGUCGGAAAUUCCCGGAAAGUAGAUCGGCGAUCACCUCGUGAUCCGCGUAGGCUCUUCAGUUUCUUGCGCGCUUGUACGGCUAUGAACUUUGCGGGCGGCAUAUAGGGAAGAAGCCGAGGCCAAAGUCUAGUCAACAUUAUUAACCCUUCUAUUGGAACGAACGCUUGGAAACGUGCCUACUCGCAUCGCAGGUGGCGCUCCGGUCGGACACGGUACCGCAUGCACUUGCUCCUCUCGCGCAACUAGAUCUGCAUCGGACUUCGGUCGAAUAGCUAAUUUGUACUUUGUGCUACAAUAUCCCCUGGCUCCCUUGAUUCUGCCUCGUCCUCGGGACUGCUGCAUCGGCACCGUUUUGUUAAUCGAGGACCAUUCUCGACGCGUUUAUACAUGCAGUUACAGUUACAAUGAUAUCAAAAUUGUACGUGUACAUUGGAAUUGAAUGUAUCCUCGCGAAUAAUAAAGAAUUCUGUAUUUUU